AUGAAGCUCAGCGCUAUCGUUUCUACCGUCCUCUUCCUGGGCGCGACCCAGCUUGUCGGUGCUGAAGAAGUUCUCACUUCAACUUUGACCACUACUAUUACGCGCACUCUGAUCCGCGUCAACGCUGUGUCUCCCACCGCGACUCCCUCGUCCUCGAGCCACGUCAUUCCUACAAGCCACCCUAUCUCCAGCAGCACUCUGGUUCCUAUCUCGACCGAGACUGCCACUGCCACCGUGACCAACACCCCCGAAGAGCCCGAGCACACCAAUAUGGCGGCUGGUUUCGAGGGCAAUAUGCCCGUUGCUCUUGCAGGAGGUGCUCUGGCCCUCUUCCUCGGUGCGCUAUAA